CGCCGAGUCUGGUGGCUGGGUGACGUUGAGUGAUCAGACUUCGAUCGGAUCGAGAAGCGAACAGCGAAGACAGCGCUGAAAAAGUGAUAAUUUAAAACGCAAGUCCGUCUCCCGUCCGUCUCCCAUCCGUACCAAUGAAUCCGGAAAAGACCCCGGAGGCCUUGACGAAGCAGGAGCUGAAAAAGCUCCGGCGGCUGGAGAAGAGGCAAGCCAAGAAAGCGGCUGCGGAGGAGCUGAGGAAGAAAUGUGUUAAGGAUCAUCUGAAGCGAGAGCAAAAUUUUUCUCUUGAAACUGAGCAGCGCGUGUUCAAAGACUGGGAUCGGAUGUGUGCCGAUGUGAAAUAUGCCGAACUACUGGAGGAAAUGCUGCAAAUCAAACAAAACCUUCAGCUGUUGUUUGACCGGAAGAACAACUACAUCGAGCGGUUGUUUGGAGAUCGUACUGAGAUCGAAGAUAUAUAUGGGAGGAAUUUGCAGCGGUUGAAGCGGUUGAUUGAUUGCUAUCUGGAAAUUCACCAAUACUUCGUUACAAAUUUGUCAAAACAAUAUCAGAAGGACUCCAAGUCGCGUCUAGAAGAAUUCAGUCAUGAAAUUGAACUGAAAGAGGGACAGGCGAACGAAUGCACCCAGCAAAUGGAAGGAGCUCUCUUUUCACUGGAAGAAGCAAUGGAGCAAGGAUUAAUCGAUGAUCGAGUGGAUUUCAUCAAGAAAAAUGAUGACAACAUAAAUUUUCACAUUGAAAAACGGGACCGGCUUCGUGACGAGAGCGUUCAACGAAUGGAACAAUUCUAUGGAGAAAUUAGGAAUGUUUUAAACAACUAUUUUACCACUGUUCUACAUCCCGACAUGGAAAAGGCCUAUCAACAGAUGUACAAUGAGGAUGGGCAGUCUCGGAAUCUUAUCCAAACAAAUCGUAGCAAGAUAAAGGAACUCAACCUUCGAAUCAAUCGUCUGACCAAGAAAAUAACUGAGGUGGAAAUUGCUGGUACUAGGAAAGUAAUCUCCAAAAAGUUUAUCAAACGGAAACUGGAGGAAGAGAUUGAUACGCUGAAAAGGCAAAUUAUUCAAAUGAACGUCAAUUACAUGGAUGAUAUGAAGGAACUAUCCUACGAGGUAUUCCACGUUCAAAAACAUCUGGAAAAACUAUUGGAAAAAGGAAAAUUGAUUCUGAGUCUGGCGCAAACUUGCCGCAAGUUCGAAUGUGAUGACGACGUCAAUUAUUUCAAAAAACGAAUGGAACAUGCCCACUCCCAAUCGGGCGACUGUCCACCUGAAUAUGCGUUGCUAUUUGACAAAAUCAACCGUGUGAGGGCGAUUAAUGUGCUUCAGCGAGAGGAACGAGAUCGGCUGGUGCUUGCGAACCGUGAGCUGCAACGCCAAUUUCAAGAUUACUGCAAGUUGACCGGUCCCGAAGCCAAAGUGGCCCUGUUGCAGCCUUCCGUUAGAAACGUGGACCUGGGGGUUGGGGACAAACGGCAGCAAUGAGCGGAACUUGUGUGGCGUGAGUUGAGGUGGUGACAGAUCGAUCUGAUCUCACAGUGCAGACAGUGAGGGAUUAAAUAUUUUCUAGAUCUGAUGUGGAAUGUCAGAUGGGAUUGUUCACAAGACAAAUUAAUAGUGA